UCGUACUGUAAAGUUAAAUGCGGCGCUUAUUAAAAAGCAGCUGUUAACACAGCGGCAAAAGAAAAUAUUUUUACGUUUAAGUUUUUUUCAUUUAUUUGUUUUUAAUUUAUUUUUUCGUAGUUAUUUGUUUUGUUUUUUUCUUUUUUUGUGUAUGUUUGCAAUGAUAAUUUUUAUAACUGAUUAAGUGAUGAAGCAUUUUUUAUAUCAUUUUAAUUACAUUAAAAAAAUGUUUAAUUUUUUUUCUGUUAAAAUUUUGUCUGUAAUAUAAAAUUUUGUCAUGUGAGUGUAAGUAGUGCCUUUUCAAAAAAAUUAAUAAUCAACAAAUGUUUUAGAGAAAAAAAUAUUAAGAAAAAAAUAAAGCUUAGCUUUUAAUAGCUGCAAAGUCAUAUGAUUGUUUUAUAAAAGCAAAAUAUAAUCUGUCAAUCAAAUAGAAAAUAAUGUGUAUGUAACAAAAAUAAUACCUAGUAUAAAUAAAAAUAAGUGAUAAAGCAGUUAAAAUAACAAUAAUUACAAUUCAACAACGUAUUUUGGAAUGUGUUUUCUCGUAUACAACAACAAUAUUUUAGCUGUGCUCAAUGGGAUUAAAUACUCUUACGUGCAUGUUAUCAGUGUCAAGGAAUGAUGUGUAGUGCAUGAAUAUUUCAAACAGUGCCGGUUAUUACAAAAAAACAAUCCACAUAAAAUUUUGUUAUGAGGAAAAAUAUAUUCCUCCUCCAUGUUUUAACCCAAACAAAAAAAUAAUUAACAAAUAAAAAAUAUAAGCUUAUGUUAUUGUUACCAUCACAAAUAAUUUCAAUUGAAAAUCAAAUUCUAUGGGAAAGUGCGUUUCUAAACAUCCGUCAGCUAUAACAAUAGCAUCAGCAGAAUAUCUGACAUCAAAUAAUAAAAUUUUUAUUGAAAAUUAUACUGAUUCUAUAACAAUAAAAAACGAAAAUACCAAUUCUGAUAACAGUAUCUACAUUAAUAGUGAAUAUAUUCCAAUACCAACAACGGAAACAGAUAUCUUAACAGUAAAUCCAGCAACAACAACAGCAACAACAGUACAAACAACAAGAAAAUAUAAAAAAUAUAGUAAAAAUGAUAAAAAUCUUUCUAACAAUACCAUAGUAAUCGAAGAUUAUAAAAAUAAAAAGACAAAAUGUCAAAAAGAGCAACAAAAACAAUAUCAAAAUAAUAAUGAUAAAAAUAGCAAAAAUGAUGGUAAUAAAAGUAAAAAAAGAAAAUUUUCAACUAAAAAUGAAAAAUCUGAAAUUGUUGUUGUAACAAAUCGUAAUAUUGUAAAAAAUCUAACAUCACAAAUUUCCAAAUUUACUAUUACAAAUAGUUGUAUAAAUCCUACAAUAGAACCAACAGCAACCGAAAUAAAUUGUUAUAGUAAGGAUAAUAUUAUUGAUUUUCAAAAUAAAGAGAACAUUCAUGUUGACAACGAUUCCAGUAUUUUACAACAAUCAACAAUAAUAAAACCAGAUUUUGAUAAAAUAAAAAACUUUGAUAAUCAAAAGUUAUCAGAAAAAGAGCAAAUCAACAACAACGACAACACUACACUUAAAAUACAUAGUAACGGUAACAAUAAUAACAAUAACAACAAUAAUACAAUUGAAAUUUUAAAUAGUUGCAAUAGUAACAAUAGCCAUGAUGACAAUAAUGAUGACGACAAUAAUCAACAUGAUAAUGAAAAUCAUGAUACAAAGGCAAUUGCAGGAAUUUCAUUCUGCAAUAAUAAUUACUUCAAUAAGAAAUUAAAAAAAUUGCCAUUAACCAAAGAAAAUAGUAAAAAUCAAAAUAAAUGUAACACUAAAAAUUGCAGUAAUUACUAUUAUAAUAGUAUUAAUAACAGUACGAAUAGUAUAGGCAAUAGAAAUGGAAAUCAUAAUACAAAUGGUAAUGGUAUAUUAUUUAGUGCAAAAAAAAUUUCAUGUUUAAGCAAAAAUGAAAGUCAAGAUUCUCUUGAUACUGAUGAAAUCUUAAAAAGUUUAAAUACAAAGAAAUCUCAUAGCAAUAAGAUUGAUGAAAAUAAAAAUAAUAAUAAUCAAAAUGAAAAUGAUAAAGAAAACAUCUUAAUACAAAAUGAUGAAGAGGAGGAAUUGAAGGAAGUUGCAAGACAAGAUGAGGAAGUGAUUAAAGAAAAUAAUUUCAGUUUACAUAAUGAGGGUCAAACAGAAAGUAAAAAAAAAUCAAAAAAUAUCGGUCCCGAUACAAAGGGUACUGCGAUGUCAUUUGGAUUUCGUAAAAAACUUAAUAAUACACCAAAGAAACAAAAAUUUCUAAAGGAUAAACAUAAUAUAAAGGAUAAUUGCAAUAAUAGUGAUAAUGUUGCUACCGAUGGAACAAUAAUAACAAAUCCUGUACUAAAAGAUGAUUUAAAUAAUUUUCAUGAUAAAAAUGGUAAUUCAGAUACUAUUGAUGCAACAACAAAUAUUACAGCAACGCAACAAAAAUUUAAUUCUACAACAAUUAAGAAUACAUUUGAUAAAAAUGAAACUACUUGGGCAACUCAUCGAACAGCUACACAAUUAUCACAAAAUAAAGAGCACAUCAGUUUAAUGGGUGGCGGUAACGUUAAUGGAAGUGGUGGCGGUAGUGGUGGUGGAAAUAAUUUUGGUAAUAAUCGUAAUCGUUUCGGUUUUCGUUCAGCUAAUAUAAUACGUCCAGCAUCAACUGGUAUUCCAGCACCAAGUAUUAUGACAGAAUUACAGGAUAAUACAAAUAAUAAUAACAAUAAUAAUAAUAGUAACAAUAAUACCGUUACAGUUAAGAGACGGUCAAAGAGUGCAUCAGGCGUUAGUAGUAGCCGUGAGAACAGCUACAGUUCUGAUAAUGAAAAGAAUAAUAGAAAUAACAACGGCGGUGUUGGUGGUAUUGGUAAUGUAGCUGGUGGUAAUAUAAUUACAAAACGUUCAACACUAGUGAAUCGUAACAAUGAUCAACAACAACAGCAACAAAAAGUUGUUAAUGAAGUACGUUUUGCUGAAAACCCAAAAAUAAAUUAUAUAACAUCAGUUCAUGAUAUCGAUGAUGAAUACAAUUCACGUCCGCAUUGGAAACAACAAAAUGAUAUUCGUAGAUCAGGUGGUAUGACUUCGGAAAUGUUAAGAAAUCAGUUUUUUAAUAGCGGUUGUAAUGCACCGAUGUCAUCUGGCAUGAUGAAUAGACAUGGUAAUAUGAUGAAUCAAAAUCAAAUUAUAACGACUGGAAUGCACACAAAUGUUAUUGUGAAACCAAAACCUAUUAUGACAACAACAACAGUAACAGCAUGUAAAUAUACAUUGCACACAGCUAGUCUACCAAAACCACAAUAUCCAGUGCCAAUAAGUUUAACAACAACUGCACCAUCAUCAUCGUCAUCAAUGGACAUAAAAAGUGCUAAACAAAUGGUAAAUAAUAAUCGUAAAGGUGUUUUUGGACCACGGGAUAUAUCGACUGAUUCAGGUUUAUCGAGUAUGGAUAAUACAAUUGAUAGUAGUAAUGCAUCUCGAUCAUCUGUCUUAAGAUCAAUAUCAUCAACUAAAGCUUCUGCAUCUGGUACUUCAAGUAAUGGUGGUUCUCCUAAGAAAUUAUCAAAAAAUCGACCAAGAAAUUUAGAAAUGGUUAUAAGCGGACGACAUAAAUUUGAAGUUCGAGAUUUAGAUGCUUUAAGUUCAUGUGACAAUGUUGAACCAUUGGCUCUACCGAAAUUACCAAGUGUUUUUUCAUCUGAAAAUCAACAGUUAGCUCCCUUGAGUGGAUUAGUACGAAGUAAUACAAUUUUAAGUCGAGAUUCAGCAUCGACAACACAAGAAUCUACACCGGAAGACAUGAGGAAGACGUCUAGAACAAAUUCAGAAAGUGACAGUAUAAAUGAAGAAAAACUAUUUAGAGAUAGAUCAACUGCGGAGAAAGACACAAAUAAAAACUCCACAAUCGGAUUAACCUCAAGUAAAAAUUCAUCUCCAGCAAGUUCUAGAGCAUCGUGGUGUCAAGCCGGUGAAUCAUUAGCAAUUAAAGAUUGUAGUAGUUUAAGUAUAAGUAGCAGUGAUGAUAGCAAAGAUAAUCAUUUAGGAAAGACAUUUACAAUACAAACAGAAGAAAUUAGCUCAAUAACAUUUGAUGAAAAGCCAAGUAUUUUUUCUUCACUAACAGAUUCUAGUGCCAUUUUUCCAAAAGUAUCAAAAAAUUAUGCACUAAAUAAUAAUGAUGAAAACAUAGUUGAUAAUAAAUUCGAUUUCUUAAUUAGCGAUUUUGAGGCACAAACUAAACAAAAUCAAAAUGAGGAACAAAAUUUACAGGAAAAACAAUUCGAAAGACCAAAAUCUAUAACAAAAGAUGUUGGUGAUCCAAUUAAAUUUGCUGAAAUGGCAGCAGCUGUAAGCGAUGUCCUCUUAGAUGAUGAAACAUCACCAACUGAUAGCUUAGUUAGUAGUACAGAAUCUGAAGAAGCAAUGCUAAAGAAAACUAAAAAGAAAACAAAUGAAGAACUUCCAGAAAAAGAUAUUGAUGAAAUUUCACCAGAAUUAGAUCCAUGUAGUCCAUUAUCACCUGGAACACCAACGCAUGCAUCUAAUUCAUUGUCAUUAUCAGAUAUUGGGAAAGAUUUUUUAAUUGAUGAUGAAAUUGCUGAUCAACCAGCAUUGUUAUUUAGCGAUAAGAAAAAUGAUACAAUUGAAGGUGGGCAACAUACAACAAAUUCUAUGACAGAUACAACUCCAACAUUAAUGGAAUCAAUUGGAAAUAAUGCUGUUUCACAAAGAUCAACCAAAAGUAAUUCGAAAUCAAGAAAUUUAAUGCAAGCUGCUAUUGAAUUAAGUUUAAGAACACCGAUUUCAUUAAGAAAAGCAACAAUGUUAAGUAAAGCAGAAUCUUGGGAUACAUUAUCACCAUGUGAAUCGAUUGCAUCAGAUGAUUUAAUGAUGGAUUUUGAAACAAGUAGUAUGGAUUCAAUUGAUAGAGUUUCACAAUCCAUUAAAGGUGUAAAUGCAUCUGCAUUAAAAGCAUUUGAUGAUGCAGAACUAUUAGCUGAAUUUGAGACGAAAGGCGAUGAAAUGAUUCGCGAAUGGAAUAAUAUAUUACGAGUUCAUAGAACUGGAAAAGACAGUAUUAUCUCACAUUUACCGGCUCGUGCAACACGUUUAUUAAAUCGUUCACGUCUCCAACAGCAAACACAACUUGGUAGUACAGCUGGAUCAGAUAGUCCAAAAUCAAAUGAUAGCUUUAAUUUAAAUCGUAAAAAUACAUCGUCCAGUAGAACAUCAUCAUUACAUUUAAGCAAUCGUGAAAUAAAUAGCUCAUCUGAUGAUCUAUUACUUUAUGAUAAAUCAUUUAGGAAUUCUAUGAUCCAGGAUGUUCUAUAUUUUAAAAAACAAUUAUUAAGAUUAAGAAGAAUUCUGCAGGAGGACGAAGAAUGUUUGCAGAGGACCGAUACUCUCAACCCAUUUGAAGUCAACAAUGGGCAAUUCUUUGCCUCACCAGUACAUGGUACAACAGGAGCAGCAACAACAACAACAGCACAAUCUGCAAUAACUAAUAAUCAGCAACAACAACAUCAAUCAACAAAAAAUAAUCAUGGUGGCAGUGGUAACAGUAUUUCUUCCAAUCAAAGUGAUUUACUUGCACAACAGUAUUUUGUCGGCAGUAGCGGUGGUAGCGAUAAUGAAAAACAUUUUGGAAAUAGUUUACAAUCGUUGACAUCAUUAGAUGAUCCAAUACAAGAAUUAGCGGAUUUACGUAGACAGGUGGUUUAUCUUCAGAGUCAAGUUGAUGAUCGUGAAAGAACAAUACGUUUUCAAAAGAAUUUAAUUGAAAAAUUAGAAAAUGAAAGUGAAAAAUCACGUGAAUCAUUUGCAAAUCCUUCCUUAAAUGCUUCAGCUUUAGAAAAAGAAGUUGUUAAUACAGCAACACAAACAGAAAGAGUUCGUCCAUUAUCAAUAGGUCAGGAGGGUCUAAGCAGAAGUAAACCAGAAUAUACAAGUUAUACGAUUAAUAUUCCAAAUUCGGGAUCAUCAACAACAACAACUACAACUGAAAUUAUAUCACCAUCUGUUACUGGUAUAAAUUUUUUUAAUUCAAAUAAUAAUCAUCAUCCAACAUCAAGACGUCAUACAGUUAUAUCAACAACAUUUACUAAUUUAUCAAAUAAUCAUUCAACAAUGUUACCAUCAACAAAUAAUAAUAAUAAUAAUAAUAAUAAUCAUUCAAUUAUCAAUGGUAAUAAUAAUAAUAAUAUUAAUAAUAAUAAUCAUAAUAAUAAUAGUUAUAGACGAGCAUCAAUACCAUGGGAGAAAUUAAUAUAUAAACCAGUUAAAACAACAUUAAUUGGUGAACCAAUUUCAACAAUAAAUUAUAUAAAUAGCAAUAAUAAUAAUAUUAAAAAUAUUAUUAAUGAUAAAAAUAAUGAUAAUAGCAAUAAUAAUAUUGAUAAAAAUAAUUCUCCUAUAAUACCACCAACAAUUUUAAAAACAACAACAACAAUUAUUUCUUCACAAAUUGAUAAAAAUAAUAAAAAGAAUUUAUUAAAUAAUAAAAUGAUUGAUUCCACAAAACGUUAUCAAAAUGAAGAAAAUGGCAAAAUUAAAGAAAAUUAUUUAUUAAAUGGUAACAACGGUGGUAUAGAAAAUGGUAGAUGUGAACAAAAUCAAUCAAUAUAUCAAAAACAACAGCAAACACAAAUGCAACAACAACAGCAGAAACAACAACAACAACACUCAACGAAUAUGCUAUCAAAUUCAAUAAAUAAUAAUAUACAAAUUGAUUGUAAUAAUGCAACAAUUUUAAAUAAAAAUUUAUUACAAAAUGGUGGAAAUUUUAAUAAUAAUGAAAUUGAUAUUAAUAUGAAAAUAAAUAAGAAUAGCAGUAAUAGUAAUGGUAUAAUGAAAUUCAAUUCAGAUAAUCAAUAUAAUGGAAAUGCAAGAAAUUCAAAAUUAAAUAAUCUUAAAUAUAAUUUUAUUAAUAAUAAUAAUAAUACUAAUAAUAAUAAUAAUAAUAAUAAUAAUAAUUGCUUUGAUGUAAUUGUAACUAAAACAAAUACAAAUAAAACUACUAGUAAUAAUGGAUCAGUUACAACAAUAGUCUGAAUAAUAUAAAACAAAAAAAAAAUAUCUAAGAUAUUGUUAUACAAAUACACGUCAUAUAACUAUAUAUAAAUUAUAUUAAAUACACAUUACAUAAUAUAUAUUUAUUUAUAAAAGAACAAAAUUUCAAAAAAAAAUAUAUAUAUAUAUACAUAAACACAAUAUAUUGUAGAAAAAUGAUUGAAACGCUAUGGCAAUAUUCUAUAUAUGAACAGAAACUGAAGAAAACUAUUUAAUAAUUAUUAUUAAAGAAUAAUAUAACAAAAAAAAUAUUCUAAGAAUAAUUAAUUAAAAGUAUAAUAGGUAGGCUAAAAAUAGGGACUGAUUGAUAGAAUGGAAAUAUAAAAAUUAAAUAAUUAAAUAAUUUAUAUAAUUAAUUUUAAAUUAUUAAAAAGAAAAAUAUAAGAAAUAAUUUGGAAAAAUUAAUGAGAAAAAAUAAUCAAAUUUAAUUUUUAUUAAAAUUUUUUAAUUUAAUUUAAUUAUUUUUUUUUAAAGUAUAACAGUUAUAAUUUAAUUUAUUUUUUUAAUUUUUAUUAAUACAUACAUGAUUUCUAAAUACAAACAAAUAUUUUGUUAAUUUUUUUCUGUAAUUUAGAAUAUUGUUCAAAAAUAUCAAUAAAAUCGCAAUUGUCUCAAAAAUUAAAUAAAAAUAAAACAAAUAUUUUAAUUAUUAAUGUUAAUUUUUUUAAUUACAAUUUAAAGAAAAUUUUUAUUAAAAUUUAUUUUGUAUUUAAUUAUGAAUAUUUUUGUUUUUUUUUACAUUAUUUACCUAUUUAUACA